AUGCAUGCUAUUGGAAUUCGAAAAACUAUAACAGCGACAUCUUGUGUGUUUUAUGAUGCAGUUGUGGAUGCAAUCGGAGAGCCAGUCGAUUUCAGUUAUGUACCCGGGCAAAUGAGUGCUUCUGGAGAUGAGAUGAGUAUGACUGAGAAAGUGGAAAACUAUCGGAUGUCGACGGCUUUGCAGAAACUAAACAUUUUCAUUUGGGAUCGAGAAACUCGUAUUUACAACAAAUAUUUGGGACCCCAGAUUCCUGAUUGGAGAGAUUUAAUGGCAGAUGCUUCACUUCAUUUUGUGAAUUCAGUUCCAUAUGUGGAUUAUCCGAGACUUGUUACCCAGAAGACGGUGCCAAUUGGUGGAAUUUCAGUGGACAUUCCGUCAAUAAAAUCUUCUGUUCUGCCUAAAGAUUGGAGUGAUGUCUUGGAUAAGAGGAGUUACAAUAUAUGUUGA